AUGGAUCCCAUCCGCCUCACAGUCCUCAUUUCCGGCUCCGGAACAAACUUGCAAGCCGUCAUCGACAACACCUCACUCCCCACAAAAAUCAUCCGAGUCAUCUCAAACCGCAAAGACGCCUUUGGCCUGGAACGCGCAAGGCGCGCCGAUAUUCCAACACACUACCACAAUCUCGUCAAAUAUAAGAAACAGCAGCCUGCGACGCCGGAGGGCGUGCAGCGCGCACGGGAGGAAUACGACGCGGAGCUUGCGAGACUGGUGCUGGAAGACAAGCCGGAUCUUGUGGCGUGUCUGGGGUUCAUGCAUGUUCUCUCCGAGGGAUUUUUGGGGCCCUUGGAGGAGAAGGGCGUGCGCAUCAUAAACCUGCAUCCGGCAUUGCCGGGAGAGUUUAACGGAGCGAAUGCCAUUGAGCGAGCUCACCAGGCCUGGUUGGAGGGCAAAAUCGAGAAGACGGGGGUGAUGAUCCAUAAUGUGAUCUCUGAGGUGGAUAUGGGGAAGCCGAUUCUUGUUCGGGAGAUUCGCUUUGUCAAGGGGGCCGACGAGGAUCUUCAUGCGUUUGAGCAGAAGGUGCAUGAGAUUGAGUGGGGAAUUGUGAUUGAGGGGAUACAGAAGACUAUCGAUGAAAUUCGGGCAACGAGAUCUUAG